AGGGUGUGGGUGCCGCGGAGGAGGACGAGGCACACGUUGACCUUGAGGUUGGCGUGGCCGAGGGGGAGCGGACACCGAGGGGAGAGGGGGGCGUGCCGAAGUCCGAUCCGAUGGCUCAUCAGAGGGCGGUGGACUAGGAGCGGAGGUGCGGGAAGAAGGCCGUCCCGCCUGAGACGACAUGCACGCCGAGUUCUUCGAAGAGUGCUGUUCCUGAUAGAGCAAGCACAUCGGGUUCUUCGAAGAGGAAGGAGGGGGGUGCACAACUUUCUGGCACCAGUGCAGGGAAGAGGCUGCGGCAACAGAAAAUGACGGACACGUAUGGUGGUGAGUGGAUUGGUGAGUGGAGGAACGCAUUCUUUCGCUGGGUGUAUUUCAGCGGGAUUGCCUUCAAUGCCUUCCGCAACACGCCGUACCGGGACCUCCAGCAGGUUGCUCUUCGGCAACCUGGUGGAGCACCUCUUCCCGUGCUUCCAUCCCACAGCGAGAUUGCAGACAUGCGAACUGUAGAGAUUCACCGCGAGCAGUUGGCGGAGGAGUUGGAGGAGGUUAGGCAACCAUUAUGGGUGAGUGGCGCCACCCUCCUCUCUGACGGGAGGAAGUCACGAGAUGGGCGACCGAUCGUGAACUUCCUCGCAAUUGGGUCUCGAGGGGUCGUCAUGUACACGACGAUCAACCGAGAGGGGGAGCCGGAUGAUGCGGUGCACGUCCUGCAGAGAUGGGUCGCCAUCUUUCAUGAUUUCAGAUUCGGUGGCCCACAGCGGGUCAAUGCUAUAUGCACUGACUCCGCCUCUGCAUAUGUGGGGGCUGCGAGGGCUUUGGCCUCGCCAUCUAUGCCCCCUGAGCUGAGGAGGAUCACUUGGCUCCCGUGUUGCGUCCAUGUCUGCAACAAGUUGUUGUCACACAUUGGCACGAUCUGCACCUCUUUCGUGGACACGAUCACGCGUGCCCGAGUUCUGGUGGUGUUUUUCAAAACCCACCAGGCCGCUCUCAGCUUCUUUCGGAAGCGGAGCGCGACGUUGGGCCUCGUGCUUUCAUGCGAGACGCGCUUUGCGUCCGUGUACUCCAUGUUGGAGAGGUUGCUCGCUCUGCAUGAUUGUUUGCAGGGCAUGAUGACAACGGAGGAUGAUCGGGCAUGGGCUAGGAUCCCGUGGUCCCCCGACGUUUGCGACAUGGCGCGUUGGGUGCGCCGACAGAUCCGGUGGUCCCCUUGGUGGGAGAGGAUGCGUGCCAUCAAGCACGUCAUGGAUCCUGUCAUGGACUUGCUGAGGCGGAUGGACCGUGGCGGGCAGUUCAUGUCCCUCGUUGUAGAGUGGACUCGGGAUCUUGCACGCCUUGUGCGGGACGUUUGCAUUCCCCUUGGCCAGUCCUUUUCUGACCGUAUCAUGAGGCGUGUGCAGGCCCGUAUACAGCACAUGUUGGAGCCCGCACACUGCGCCGCGUUCUUACUGAACCCCCGUCGCCGGAAUGUUCAKUACUUCUCCGCGCAGCUCGACCGGUACCACACUUGGCUUGUUCGACAAGCCAAGAGGUAUCUAUUGUCUCAGACGGGCCAUGAUGAGUCGGGUGGUCGUUACCUUGAGGUAUGUCGGCAGUUCGAGGACUUUCACAUGCAGCAGGGUAGGUAUGGGUCUUGGGGCGGGKCAGAGGGCCGCGCUCGAGCGCGUAGUUGCAGCGGAGACUGCGAGACGUUGGAGUGUGCGUCGUGGUGGUCUCAGUACGGGGGAGAGGCGCCCGAUUUACAGCAGUGCGCUCUUCGUUUGAUGCACAUGUGGUCCUGCGCCUCUCCAGCGGAGAGGAACUGGGCGGUCCACGAGGGCAUCCAUACGAAGAAGCAUAAUCAGUUGGCCUUCGAGAAGGUCGUUCAUCUUGUUGAGAUCACUGCAAAUGUGCGGUUGAUGGAGUAUAGACGUGCAGGUUGUAGAUACGUCCUCCCUUGGCAGCGAGACGAGGGCAUGCUUGACGCUCAGGCGGGAUUGGACGUGGAACCUGUGCGCUCGGGGACUAUGAGUGGGAUGACGGAGGAGGAGAUCGAGGAGCAGGCCGCCCUCAUUGCGCGCGAUCCCAUUGGGUCUUCAACGCCGCCCCCUGUUGAGUUUGUUUUCGGUGCUCGUGCGACUAUCUUCCGCCCAUACCCCAGGGACGAUGACUCUGCGGACGAGAGGGAGUCGGAAGCACCAGACGACCCAAUGCUUCCCAUCCUGCGUGAGAUUGAUGAGUUGCACGAGGGGGGCGACGUGCGAGAAAUCACCCACUGCCGCGUGGGAGGAUACGUGUCCUUGCACGACCUUGCGGGAGGAGACGCCUGCUCCCAUGACUGCGAGGCGACGAUGAGGGACGAUGAGGGAGAGGAGGCUGUGGCAGGGGUAGACGAGAGCGUGGCUGGGGUAGAUGAUGGUGCUGCCCAGGUUGAGAUGGAGGAGGAUGUGGUGAGGGCAGAUGCUGCUGCGUUGGUUGGGGGAGAGGAGGGUGUGGUAGGGGGGGACGUCGCCCAUGGUACAGGAGAGGGAGGCGCCCACCUUGACACGAUCGUCCAGCGUUUCGUCGAUGACGAGAUGGAUCCCGCUUUAGCAGGUUUGACCCCGGGCACGAGGAGGGCACUGGGGGCGUCGCCAUCAGGACAGAGGCGGGCGUCGGGGCUGGGGAUGGGGGAUUUCAUGGACAUGUCUUUGGGGGAUCCGCCCACCCCUGCUCACGCAGAGAGAAAGGAUGUGGCGCGUGCCCUAGAGGCCGCUGGGUACUCCACACAGGAGAUCGAGCAGGCAUUUGCAGGACGCUCCGGGAGAGAGACAGACUCGCUUCAGGAGAGGUGCGAGGAGGUAGUAGAGAAGCCACAAGAGGAGCGUGAGGAUGCACCCCCUGCAGAUAUCCACGGAGGUAGUAGUUCAUUAGGCUAUGACGGACUGAUAAGGGCCCUGCCCUCCUGUACAAAACACAACCCAAAGCAGCUAUGGUGCUGCCGAUGUCCAAAGGACAACCCAAGAGCAGUUAUGCCACUGCUGACUGGUCCGCCAUGCCUGACUCUGCCGUGAGCUUCCUUGCUGCAGCGCUACCCCAACUGGGGCCUUCCGGAUGCAGCGCCCAACAAGGUGAUGAAGACGGUGUCCACCAUAG